AUGGGUAGUAUUCACAAACUCACCGACGACGUGAUCAACCGCAUUGCAGCCGGUGAGGUGGUGCAGCGACCCAGCGCGGCCCUAAAGGAGCUGCUGGAGAACGCGAUCGAUGCGGGGUGCAGCCGUGUGCAGGUCGUGGCGGCGGAGGGUGGGCUCGAGGUGCUGCAGGUGUGCGACGACGGGAGCGGCAUUCACAAGGAAGACCUGCCGCUGCUGUGCGAGCGCUAUGCGACGAGUAAGUUGCAGACUUUCGAGGACCUGCACCGGGUCACCUCCUUCGGCUUUCGCGGCGAGGCUCUUGCGUCUAUAUCGUACGUGUCACGAAUGACAGUGACCACACGUCGCCGCCAAACGUGCGACGAGAGCGGCAAUGGCGCGUCCGGUGCAGGCUCGUGCUCAUUUUCCACUGCUGGAGCAGCGGUCGCGUGGCGCUGCCAGUAUCUAAAUGGGACCCUCCUCGAGGACCCCCAGCCGUGCGCCGGCAACCCCGGCACCACAGUCCGCGUGGAGAAACUGUUCUACAAUGCCCUCGUGCGGCGACGCUCGCUUCGUGCCUCAGAGGAGUGGGGGCGCAUCGUGGAUGUUGUGUCGCGCUACGCUCUCGCCUUCCCCGCGAUCGGAUUCACCUGUUGCCGCGACAGGGCCUACGGCUGUGCCUCUGGCGGCGGCGGGUCUUCGACGGGUUCUCUGAGCCGGCUGGGAGGCGGCGGUAACGGCAGCAACUCAGCCGGUGCCCCCGCCAACCCGGGUGGUUCCGCUGCUGGCGGCCUCUGCUUCCCACCUCGGUCCAACACACGGCAGAACAUACGACUCUCGCACGGUACCCAGCUCGCCUCACACCUGCGCCUCGUGUACGCCUACAACGUGGAGACGGCGACGGCGCUGUCAUGCGGUGCAGAACCCGAUACAGACUCCGAACCCCUCGCGUCGGAGGUGGAGGCGGAGGACGGCGCGCUCAGCGCAGGUGACGAGCCGGGGCAGCUGCCGACGUCAUCAUCUGCAUCCUCGUCCACCCAAGCGUUGCCGUCGACGUUGUCUACGGCGUCCAGACAAAGUGCUGCCCGGGAGGCGCGUGUGUUUGCGCAGAUGGAGCAGCGGGCGCGGCGCGUGCGUGCGACUUGCGGCUCAGCCGGCGAGGGCCUCUUCACUCUCGUUGGCUACACAAGUGACCCCACGCUGGCUCAGCGGAAGCCGUACUUGUGCGUCUUUAUUAACCAGCGUCUUGUCGAGAGCGCCGCGAUACGCAAGGCGAUUGACGCCGUCUACAGCGGUGUCCUCACCGGUGGCCACCGCCCCUUCACCGUGCUUCUUCUCUCCGUCCCUACGGACCGGGUGGACGUAAACGUGCACCCGACCAAGAAGGAGGUGUGUCUCUUGGAUGAGGAGCUGAUCGUGUCGCGGGUGGCGGAGGUGUGCCGCGGGGCUGUGCUCGAAGCAGCAGCGGCUCGGCAGAUGGACAUGCUGAAGAUGCGCCACACCGCUGCCCUGGUACUGAGGCAGCAGUUGCCGAGCGCCGACGGUGUCGGUGCUGCAGACAACAGCGCGACAGCGGAGCUGAGUGGGAGCAGUAUCCAGCACAUACUGGAGAAGCUGCGGGAGCAGCAUCAGCGUGGUGCCCCGCUCGCCUCGCCUCUCACAUCGUCAUCCCUCACAUCCACGGCAGCCGUGGCGCCGGCGGGAGCAGGGGUUGGCGGCGUAGGACCGAACGUCGUGGUGGCGCCGUGCACGAUGGUCCGCGUCGAGCCACAGAAGGGGGCACUAGACAAGUACUUCUCCCAGCGACUCGCCGCAGCUGCCGCGCCGGCGGCGGCCACCGCGUUGGCACCUACCUCCUCUCCGUCCUCCUUGUCAUCGUCGCGCACCGCGCAAGAGAUACUGUCACGGGACUCGGUGCCCGACCAGCUCCGCGCAGAGGCGGAGGAGCCGCUGAAGGAUGGGGAUAGGCGGCAGGAGUCAGCGAUCCAGCGCGCAAAGAAAGGUGACGCUACCAACGGCCAGUCUCAGACAACUGCCGCUUACGAAGCACCGUCGUGGGAGGCGGUUAUGGCCUCCCUGCACGGGCAACGCGCGCCUGCCACUAGCACCACCACUGCCGCUGCCGACGAUGACAGCCAUGGCUUCCCUUUCGCGUCUCCUUUGCGGAAAGAGAUCUGCAGCGGCGAGAGCAACGACAUGGCAACACACGCAGUCCAGACCUCCCGUGAGGCAGUAGACAACGGCGGCGAGGGCAACGCUGGCCUUGCUGUUCCACAUGUGCUGCAGGUCACGAUGGAGCGCACAGCCAGAAGGGGCGCCGGCGGGGCGGACUCUGCGAAGGCACGCGCCGCGCUGCUUGAUGAGGAAAGUGCAGACGGCUGCGACAACGACGAAGACGAGGAUGACGGCAUGCGCGAAUUCAAGCGUCAUCGGCGCGAGGUGCAUGAACGAGCGCAGUUGCUGCAACGGGUCACUGGUGGAGCUGCCGCUGCUGCAGCGAUGGACGAGGCUGCAGUGGAGCACGACGCGAGCUCCGCGGCGAUUCUCUGUCCGCGUGAUCACGUGCGGCCGUCGUCAGCAGCAGAGGUGGAGAAAGCGCAGCUGGCCGUGGUGCACCUGGGCGCAGUGGUCCGAGCUUCGGACAUGCUACGAAGUGAAGCUGCCGCCGCAGACGCUUCGCACUUUUCGUACACCGUCGUCUCCUGCGAAGACAGCAACAUGGACGAAGAGAAGAGCCAGGCAGACGCCUCCACCAACGGUGCCCCAGCUGGUGUGAUGGCGUCGCUGGUGGACGUCGCCGAGGUGCCUGCGCCAGCGCUGCUAUCGAGUGUGUCCAUGAUUGUGGACCGCCUUCUCGCUGAAGCCAGCCCAACGGCGGACAACCUCGUCGAUCAGCUCUCCUUUGUGGGCACUGUGGACUCGCGUGCCUUUCUGGCGCAGGCGGGGACCACGCUGUUAUGGUGCGACACCAUGGCGCUGACGCGACACGUCGUCUUCCAGCGUAUCUUUCUUCGCUGGUGUCAGCCUGCGCUGCCGGCACCACCGGUCCUUGCAUUCGCCACACCGGUUCGGCUGGCGGAUCUACUUCUGCUCGCGUUGGCUUACGACGGGCCGCACCUGCAGCCACCCUCAGCAACGCUGUUGGCGGUUGUGGAGGAGUGUGCGAAGAAGCGGCAGCAGCAGCAGGCGGUCGUGGCUGGCGGUGGCGCGGCUCAGCUAGCCACGAGUUCUCUGACAACGGAUGCGGUUCGGCAGACGGGCGGUGCGACUGCGCGCGCGUGGCGAGAGGUACUGUUUAAUGCUGACAUGGAGAGCAAAACCCUGAGUCCCAAUGACCUGCACACCGAAAGCGGCGCUGGGGGCGUCUUUGCUGGCUCGGAGUCGGUGCUACCACAGCCCGAGGAUGCCACGAUGCGCUACGUGCGGCGGCUGGUGCGCCGUCUGUGUCGCUGGCGGGGGUUGCUGAAGGAGUACUUCUACAUUGACAUCACCGCCGACGGGUUGCUCGUUGGGCUGCCCUACGGACUCAACCGGCACUGGCCACCGAGGAUGCGGGCUGUGCCUGUGAUGGUGUGGCUUUUGGCGGAGGCGGUGCCGUACCCCGGCACUGCAGCUCCGUCUUCCUCUACAAUGAGCGGUGCAGCUGAUCAGACGGGCCCAACAAGUGCCGCGUGGCAGAGCAACGAAGGCCGAGGCGCAGAGGAGGUUGUCGCGUGCGUUGCUACGUCCACAUCACCGGCAACCUCCCUGGCGCCAACGCAAACAGAGGCGACGCCCACCACGACGCCGCAGCCCACCGCCAUGGAGGCAGAGGCGGACGGAGUUGCGCAGGAGGUAGCGUGUUUCACGGCGGUGGCGCGGCACAUUGCAGAGACACUGUACGGGCUUCCACCACCUCCUCCCAGCACACCGCCGACCUCUGCCGAAGGCCCUGAUACCGCUACGGCUGACGUGGCCGCAGGGGCGACCGACACGGCGUCUGCGGAGCUUUGGCGGGAAGAGCUUGUCCGGCACGGGCUCUUCGCGUGCUUGAAGAACCCCCAGCUCUGCCGUCUACCGGACCAGUGCUUGCGGGAUGGCACGAUCCAGUCGCUGGUCUCAGUGGAGUCUCUCUACAAGGUGUUUGAGCGCUGCUGA